UUUUUUUCUGGCGGAUAAACGCCGAGCUCAAAAACUCAGCCCCGUUUAUCUUCAUACUCGCACCUCUUUAACAGCUCAAUCUCACAGCAAUAAUCAGCUAAAAAUUCAAACCUCAGCUCACCGGAAGUUGUAAUCGGAAAAUCAUUGAGUUGAAUGACUCCGAUCACUAUCAAGCAAGUGUAAUUCUCACUACUAUUCCUUUUCCCAAGAAAUGGACGGUCGCGCUCUCACGGCCUCUUCAUUCUUCACCUGCAUUGAUUUAUUGCGACCUAGAAGAGGAGCUGUUAGAAAUCUGUGUGUUAAUGGCAGACCCAGUAGGUUUUCGGUUCUUGCUUCCAAAGAAGAGGCUGAGCUCGACCGUUGGGACCAAAUGGAGCUCAAGUUCGGCCGCUUGAUUGGGGAAGACCCCAAAUUAACAUUAGCCAAGAUAAUGAGCAAAAAGAUGAAUCCGGAUGCUUCUUAUCUUGAAGUUGAGAAAUCGUUUUACCAGAAGAAGGGUAAAUCCAAUGAGGUAGAGGAACUUUCUCUUGAUGGUUUGAAUUUGAUCAGACCUCAGUUAAAGAAGCAAAUGAAGUUAAAAGCUGCCGGUAAGCCACCUCCAUCAGAUAUAAAGAAACCAAGCCAAGCAGUUGCAAAGGCAGCAGUUAGUCCUAAAGGUAGAGUUCCUAAUGUUAUUUUGAGAAAGCCAACUAUCUAUAACGAGGAUGAUGUCGAAGAUAAGCCGUCCAGGAUAAGAAUGAAGCCGAAUUUAUCGUUGAAUAUGAACAAUGGAUUGACAAAGGAGAAAUAUAGUGACAUGACACUGUUGAGGAAGCCUGAACCAAUGACGUCAGAUGAAGCUAUUGAAAAGAAGGAAAAGCCCUCUGGCGAUGAGUAUGUUGAUAUUGCUCAGAAUAUCAAAUCUCAAGCUAGUAAGGGAUCAUCAAGCGACCCAGUUGAUGAUUUUACUCUCUCUAAGAAGCCAGAAAUAAGAGGUGACGAAAGAAGGCUUGGAAAUGAAAAUGAUGGUAAAAAUCUUGUGUAUUCAGAAAGUGAUACUAUUGAUGGUAAAAAAGAAAAUUACAUUGAAAACCUGUACAUCCUAAAAAGGCCUUUAAAUGUCAUGUCUGGUAAGUCUGGAGAAACUGAAGAAGCCACAUCGUCAACGGAAAACAGGCAAGAUAUUGAUGAUUUUGCUCUAGAAUUACAGCCACACGAGCCAAGUAAUAUGAAAUAUGAUGAGGACCCAGCAGCUCCGAGUGAACCAUUUAGUGAUAUUUUGGAUCCAUCGGUAAAGUUGUCCAUCGAAGCUAAAUUAUUGGGUAAACCAGAAAGAUUAGAUCAUUAUUCAAAUGAAACAUUAAAACUCAGUACAGAAGAGGCAGUUGUAGCCACCCCUGAAACUGAUGUCAAUAGCGCUGUUGAGACACAGAAUUUUUCUGCUAUCCCAGCUUUGAAGGAACAUGAACUUGCUGACUGGACUAGAGCAGAGGAUCUGGCUAAGAUGGGAGACAGAGCUGAAGUGGAAGUAAUAAGCUCGAGUACCCGAGGUUUUGUUGUAUCAUUUGGCUCCCUAGUAGGAUUUAUUCCAUAUCGUAAUCUUGCUGCCAAGUGGAAGUUCUUAGCUUUUGAGUCGUGGCUAAGACAGAAAGGUUUGGAUCCAUCAAUAUACAAGCAAAACUUGGGAACCAUUGGAAGUGCUGAUAGUGGAAGCCAGAAUUUUUCUAGUACUAGGCCGGAUUUAGAAAAAGAUGUAAAAAAUGGGGGAGAACUUACACCUGAUAUGAAAUUGGAAGAUCUUCUUCAAAUUUAUGACCGAGAGAAAAUCAAAUUCUUGUCAUCAUUUGUUGGGCAGAAAAUCAAAGUAAAUGUGGUGUUGACUAACAGAAAAUCAAGGAAGCUUAUAUUUUCCAUAAGGCCGAAAGAAAGGGAAGAAUUGGUCGAGAAAAAGAGAAGUUUAAUGGCUACGCUGCAAGUAGGUGAUGUUGUCAAAUGUUGCAUCAAGAAGAUUGCUUAUUUUGGCAUCUUUGUUGAGAUUGAGGGAGUGCCCGCUUUAGUUCAUCAGACAGAGGUGUCCUGGGAUGCUACCUUAAACCCUGCAUCAUUCUAUAAAAUUGGUCAGGUUGUCGAGGCAAAAGUUCACCAGUUGGAUUUUUCACUUGAACGCAUAUUCUUAUCGUUGAAGCAGAUUACACCAGAUCCACUAACUGAAACCUUGGAGUCUGUGGUUAGUGAUCAUGAUCCCAUGGAUGGAAGAUUAGAAUUAGCAGAAGUAGAUACCGAGUGGGCUGAUGUAGAAUCUCUCACCAAGGAACUGCAAAAUAUUGAAGGUGUUGAGGCUGUAUCCAAAGGGCGUUUUUUCCUUAGCCCUGGCUUGGCUCCAACCUUUCAGGUUUACAUGGCUUCCAUGUAUGAAAAUCAGUACAAAUUACUUGCUCGAUCUGGAAACAAAGUACAAGAGCUAAUGGUUCAGACAUCAUUGGAUAAAGAAACAAUGAAAUCUGCUAUCUUAACUUGUACCAACAGGGUAGAGUAGCAGAUUCUUGAUUUUAUGAAGCUUUCACUUCAAAGGAAAACUUGAUUGUGAAUUGUAGAAAGGCACAUAAAAGAAAGCAGCAUUAGAUCUGAUCCUCUGAUUAGAAGAAUAGGAAAAUAGCUCUCUUCCAAUUUGCUUCAUAGUGAGAAGAAGCCUUUGUAAUUUUUUUUGCCCAAUCUCUUGUGGGGAAGUAGAAGGAAUGAACUCAGCUACUAUUUAUUGAAAUACAACCACAUGAUGGUAUUUUUCUUCACUCAAAAUAGAAAUUCAAUAUCGUUCUGUGUGUAAA